AAAAGGUGCUGAAAAUUUUAGAGUGUAGUUCCACCACAGUCGUUUGCGCGGGCACGUCUGUCAUGCACGCCCCCACUCCCCACCCCCCUCACUCGCGGCGUCCUACUCCGUAUCCGCGCGUGCGCGCAGGACCAGUCCCUACAGCAGCGAGCAGCAGCGCAUCCAUCCUGCCGUGGAGCCGGGAGCGUGGAGCCGCGAGGAGCGCACAGAGAGAGAGAGAGAAGACAGAAGAUGGACGGAGCGGGAUCGUUCGGAGCGGGCCGGUCCGGGUCCACUAUCGACCCGAUUACCUUCGCCAAACAGCCGCAGACCAUCCUCAGAGUGCUCUCCUGGAUAUUUUCCCUGGUGGUCUUCGCCUCCAUCGUGAACGAGGGCUACGUCAACCUGGGCAGCGAGCGCCUCCACUGCGUCUUCAACAAGAAUGCGGACGCGUGCAACUACGGCGUGUUCAUGGGGCUGGUGGGCCUGCUGGCCUGCUCCUUCUUCUUCAUGCUCGACUACAAGUUCUCCUCCAUCAGCUCCGUCAAGGACAGGAAGAAGGCUAUAAUGCUCGAGAUCGGCUUCUCGGGUUCCUGGACCUUCCUGUACUUUGUAGGUUUCUGCUUCCUGGCCAAUCAGUGGUCUCGGACCACAGCUGCUGAUCUGCCACUCAACCAGGGGGCCGACGCAGCCCGGGCCGCCAUCGCCUUCUCCUUCUUCUCCAUCAUCACCUGGGCCGGUCUAACGGUGCGUUCGGUCCAGAAGUAUCUGCUCGGCACAGACAUGACUCUGUUCACCACGGAGCACAUGGACGGCGGCGCGCCCACCCAGCCGUACCCCUCCAACUCCCCGGUAGGAGGCGGCACCACCGAGACCACAGAGACCUACCAGAGCCCGCCGUUCACCGAGAACAACGCCGCGCCCACAUACCAGGUUCCCAUUUACUAGAUAGGAAGGCAGACGAGGAAGGUCGGGAGACGGGCACGAGAGGAAAGUUGACAGAAAAAUUGCUUUUCUGUGAUGUUGCACCUGCGGUUGUUUGUGUGUUGAUCUGGGCUGAGUUUUCAAUAAUUGUAGAAAAAAAAAGAAAGAAAAGGCCUCUCCUUCUUUGUUCCCUCGUCUCGUUCCCUUUCCUUCCUUAACAUUCCGGCUUUAUCUGCACCUUUCUUGACUUGUGUACUAAACUAAAAAUGUCAGUGUCCUCUCAUCAGAAUAUGAGAGGAAAAGAAAACAAGAGGAGAACAUGUAGAAGAGAAGGCCAUAUUGUACACACCAUUUUGACCAAAACAUACAUAAAACAACAUUUUAAAAAAGCAAGUGACCACAAAGCAGUAUUAGAUUACAAAUAAAUACAUAAAUAGUGCAGAAGGCAUUCACAUACAACACCUUCGUCUUAUUCUUUCCAUUCAUUGAAGUGUCAAAACCCCCUUUCAUGCCAAACAGUGUGGGGAAUGUCAUGUGUUUAGUUUAGCUACAGUUCAGUCUGGUCAGUGUAAAGUGAUCAUGUGUGUUGAAUCUGCAUGUUACCAAACUUAGAGAUCAACUAAGUGCCAUACUGUACUGUGUGUCUCAGACAGUGACUUAAUUUUAGUAGAUUUCCACAUGCUGUAAAAAAACAACAACAACAACAACAAUGUUUUGUGACUAAGUGCAAUAUCUCACAUUCUUCUGUAGGUCUGUAUAUUCUGUACUGUAGUUAGGCUAGUUACCGUCAGGUUAGACCAGUUUCAGGUACCGUCUCAAAUUACAUACGAGUCUUUGAAUUGUACAAACAAACCUCAGGCAAAUAUCCAAAUAAAAAAAAAAAAAAAUUGUUGAUCCGACUUUGAUUGAGCUUCCCUGGUGAAGUUUGCAAGAUCUGGGAAUUCUAUCCUAAUCCAACAGAUCCUCCACAGAAGCGUGUUUCCAAUUUAAAUAAAAUUAGUAUCCGUGUUUAUGGUCUUCCUUGAUAUAUUAUCGCAGUAAAGGAAUCUGUGGGAUUCUGGGUAAUUCGUGUACACGGGUCGGUUUGCCCAGGUUUAUCAAAGUUCUGUUGGAGAAACCCUAAUUUGCAGUGAAUCCUUCUUCAGUCUGUUGUUGUUCUGUGCCAGGCAUGGAUGGAGUAUUGGACGGGCCUAUGGGGUCAGGGGCCCCCUGGACCAGAGCCUCUGUUUGAAGUGAUUUUUUUACAUUUCUUUUUGGAAAGUCAGUUAAACAGCUGAGAUGCAAAAAAAACUUAAAAGUAAUGUAAAACGACCACAAAGAGACUCAAAACAACUACAAAAAGACACUGAAAAACAACCUCAACAGAAUCAAAGGGGUGGGGGGGGGGGGGGGGGGGGGGGGUCUGUGCUCAGGGGCCCGUCGUCCCAUAAUCUGUCCAUGGUACCAGAAUGUAUGUAGUGUGUGAUAUGAGACGGUGUCUGAAGGUGUUGUGUGUGUGUGUGUGUGUGUGUGUGUGUAUAAAACGGGGCGAGUGGGGGAGAUUCUGGGAAAGUCAGGUCUAUUUAUGUUUACGUUUUAGAAGCUGCCAAACUGCCCUGUGUUCUUAUCGCUGUCCUCUGAUUACCACAUUACGACCAUGUUGUUAUUGUCCAAAGGAUUUUAUGUGAUCACAAAGCAGAAGGGGGGGGGAGGGGGUGUCCUGGAAGAUUCAGUUUUAAAAAAGGCAAAAGAACAAUCUUAAGGAUUGCUAGCUGGCUAAUUCAUUGAUCCUGCUUUUCUGCCAUUUCGGGAGGGUGGCAGGGUCUGAAUUUGUUGCCAGGGUAACAGGGACAGGGUUGGGUGGAUGUUGGUCACUAAGGGCCCCGAUGUAGAUAGUAACCAUGCCAACCAUGUGGAUGUGUAGCCGUGUCUCUGGCGUGGCUCACGUACACUCCCCAUCAGCGAAACUGUAGUUUUUGGUGUGUGUGUGUGUGAGAGAGGGGAGUGCGUCCACGUGCAACAGGUGUACACGUGCUUUAGCAUGCGUGGGACGCGUGGGACAAUGUGUGAAUGUGUGUCGUUAAUUCAAUUUUGUGGUGCAGAAAAGUUAUUUUCUUGAACAUGUGUUUGUCAAAGUUUUAGUGCAGAGGAGGAAAUCACAAGUCUGUUACACCCUUUAAUAAUUUACCCCCAGAAAUAAAAUAAAUAUAUUAUCAGUGUCACUGUCAAGAUGUAUGAAUUACCAAGUAUGAAACUGUUUGUUUUGACGAAGAGAGACAAAUAUAAAACGUCAUAUUAGAGUGAUAUUAUUGACCCAUAGAACGCUUUGCCUGCUAUUCUAAAUUGAUCCUUUGUAGAACAGCGCCCUCUGUCGAUCAGAGACGGUACUGCCACAACGGGACAAUAUUUUAAAAAGUAAUCAUGAUAAUAAUGCAUGAAAUUGUUGUAUAGAUCUCAUUAUAUAUUGAAUACUAUGUAAUUCUUGAGUUGACAAGUUGUUUUUUUGCAAAAUGAGAUGGAUUCCGACUGGAUUCCCUCUCACAAUUUAAUUAGUCGCAGUUUAUUGUCAUAAUUGUGACCAUAAGCCCGAAUUACUCUUUUGUUUAUUCAGCGAUCUCAACCCCAUGAUCCGAGUCGGUCACAGAAAGCUCCGGGGUGAAACCGUCACAGAAUGUUGUAACAUGAAAAACAUCACCACAAGCUUUAAUUGAUUUAAUGGCUAUGAAGACCAUUUCCAUUUGUUCUAGUUCCAGUAUUAAAAAGGUUUAGGAUCAUUUUAAAGUCUUGUAAAACAAAACUAAGAGAGCUCGGUUUAAGAUUUACCUUUGUGCACGACUUUUUUAAAUUUUUUUUACAAAAGCAUAUUAUUCACCAGACUGUUUGUCAGCGAGUGUAUAGAUAAGUGAGUACAUGUUAUGAAUUUAUGGAUAACACAGCAGUAGUUCAUUUUUAGGAAGGAACACUUUCCGGGGUUUCAGGACGGGUUGAUUUUCCAAAUACUUUGGAGGUACUCUGGCUAUUGUUAAGUCUAUUUGAUGCAAGUUUAAAAAAAAAGUUUUUUCCAUGUUGCAAAUUAUUUCCUAAAAGAAACAGAUUUUUUAUCUUUAAAAAAAACAAACAUUUGUUUCGGUUCAUUCUAAAUGUGAUGUGAAUAUCAGCUUGUGGAGACUCCGGACAUGAAAUGUUCAAAUUGACCUGACGCCACUCGACGACAUUCAAGUUACCUUAAAGCAUGAAUAACAAUGGCAAAAUAUGAAUAAUAAAAAACAAAACAAAACAGCAGUCCAGUUCUUUAAAUCUUACUGGGCUGCUAGUAACCUGUCGACUGGGACGAGGUGGAACUGGGUUAUUGAUGGUGGUAUUGGGGUACUGCUGGGUAGUUGGGGGUACUGUCAGGUCAGGUUGUAUUAUUGUUCUCAGUGCUUCGGUCUCUUCUUCAGUCAGUGUAAAAUAAAAAUAAAAUAAAAAUACGUUAUGUUUUGUGCUCUGGCCCGUGUAUUGGUUGUAAAAUUCAGUACGUUAUUGAAGUAAAUGGAACCUGUGUGUGAUGCCGUCUAGGGUCUGGUUUGUCCUGUACUACUAAAAAUACUGAAAAAAAAAAAUAUUUAUUAUUAUUAUUUGUUAACUAGAAUGCACUCUCUGUUGGAAAUACUUUGUUUGACCGCUCUUAAAAAGGGGGCCGGUGGCACCAAAAAUCAAAGUUUUAUGUGAUUUCAUGCUGUCGUUUUGUUAGACUGAGAUUAUAAAAGUGAUACUUAGUAACGCGGUCGCCACCACUUGUGUGGUUUCCAGUAUAAUACAUUGCAUGGAUGUUACAAUAUCUCCCCCCAUAAUAUUGAUAAUAAAAAUAUAAACCCCCCUCCCCCCAUCGACCAACAAUCAAGUAAACAUUGAUUUUCAGCGUGCUAUACCCCUCUAACAUGUUUCCUCUGAGUUGUUUCUUCCUGUUCUGAAGGUGUGUGUCCUCUUCAGUGUGUACAGAGAUGUGUGUCACUGUCUAUUACCUGAAUGUCUCUGGACUGCAGUCUGACCGUCACUCGAAUAAAAAAGAAAACAUG